GCUGAGCAAGAGACCGCUGUUUUUGACAGUUCAUUGCAACAAACCAAGUUUAGUGCUGGACACAACCGGUUUGAUGUUGAACAAUUCAUUCUUUUGAUUUUUUUUCCUUGAAUUUGCGAAAUUUUUCCAAGGGCAAUUGAAUUCUAACAUGUGGGUUUUCAUUCACAUUACAACCGACCGUCGUUUCUUUUUGUUGAACAACACAAGGAAGUACACUGUUGGCCGUGUGCCACAAUGUGAUUUGCGUUUGGCUGAUGAUACGUCAGUUAGCCGAGAACAUGCUGUGAUUCACCGUUCGUCAUCCGGUGUUCGUGUUGAAGAUACGGGCUCAAAGUAUGGCGUAUUUAUUAACGAUGGCAUCAACACAAAUACGGAGAUUGCGAAAAAUACAGCGAUCGACCUACAAAUUGGUAAUAUUGUUCGCUUCGGUCGAUUGGAAAACACUUUUCGUCUCGAAAACGUUGUCAUUAACGCGUGCACAUCGUCAAUGCAACCGGAUGAAACGGAUAAAUUGAGCAAACACUUGAAAAUUCUUGAUGGUAAACUGCUACCCGUUUGGAGUACUGAUUGCACGCAUUUGGUGAUGACGAAUGUGACUGUAACGGUAAAAGUGCUACAGUCACUUGCACACGGCAUACCGAUUGUGUCGCCAGAUUAUUUUGAGGCCUGCAUAGAAUGUGCCACAGCACAACACGAACUACCAAACGUCAACGAAUUCGUUCCGACAAUCGUUGAGCCGUAUAUCAUCAAGGAGCCAAAAAUGAUGGAGGUGCACAUCGACCGACAGCGCUUGUUCCAGAAUAAAACGUUCGUCUUCAUGGUGAAACGGCACAUGGAAAAGUUUGAGCCAAUCAUCCGUCUAGCUGCCGGCAAAUGCAUUAACAUGGAAGAGGACAAAGUACGUAAGGCACUUUUGAUCAAAAGCGAGUAUAUUCCGGUACAGUACACUCCUUCGCUCAAUUCACAAUGUUCAUCCGAUAUCGAAAACAUUGUGCGGUACAUUGAAUCAAAUGGUCGUCGGCUCGUAAGCGAAACAGAAAUCGGUUUGGCCAUCAUUCACCGUGCCAUCGACCGUUUUUGCAAUCCAGAUCGUCAAAUGACAAUUAGUUUUCAACCAACGCCGGUCAAUACAAACGAAAUCGUGAAAGAUGUUUACACAGAUGAAACUCCGCACAUAACAAAGCCAGAGCCACCAGCUUCCAGUAUGAACUUGGUGAUUCCUGAAUCGGCCGAUCUCACAGGAACUGAACCAAACAACAAUCUUCGCAGCGACGAAGCAGCUGAUUUGGGCAAACCAUCCACAUCGUCGACUGGACGACGAUCAACCAGAAGCUCAACGAAAAGUUCUGGCGAUGAUGCGUUGAAUGUGUCCACGAAAAUGCCAACACCGAAAAAGAAUCCAAAACGUAAGCACACCGAUCAAGAGGAUGGAUCAGAAAAACCGGGACAAUCAACAAUUGACAGUGGUGAACACAGUGUGCCAGAAAAGAAGCAGAAAACUCAAAAUGCGGUUGAAAGUCAAGGUGAGAAUAGUUCGGGUCUUUUCAUCGCACCAUUGCCGCCUCAGUCACCGAGUGAUCACAACUUUUCUGGUUUUAUUAGCACACAAAGUCGGAAACGUAAGGCUACGCAACAGCAGGAACAGGCGGUCGCUCCGCCAAGUACGCCCGAGUCGAGCAAGAUAACUCGGAAACGAGCCGUACGUAUGCUUACCGCUGAUUCGGACGAAGAAAAAGAUGACGACGAUGGUGGUAACCUAUUUAAAUUCAGUCGAAAGUCAAAGCGAUCCAAAACCACAUCGAAACAAACACAGCAACGUACUCCUCAACGAAAUAAAUUAGCAGAAAGUGAUGAUGAUGACGAUGAUGGCGGUUUUAAUUUCACACAGCGGAAACCGCGUCCAAGCCAAACGAAACGACUCACUCAACAGAAUGCAAAUGAAAAUGAUGUAGUUGAUGCUGCUUCCGUUGCCGCGUCACAGAAUUCAUACAAGAAACCAUUCCAACAAACCGUGAACCGUUCAUUCAAUCGAACAAUGACACCGAUUGAAAUUACAUGCGUGCCAACGUGCAAUGUCGAAUGGAUUUCGUACAAAAUGAAGAAAGAAAUGAAUUUGGAUCAAUCUCACGAAAAACCAUCACAACCGUCACAGCCGUCCAGCUCAGUAAAAAUUAAGGAGGAAAAAUUGGAAGAGUGGGAAUUGACAGACGAACAGAAAAAACGACAAUGGAUCAAAUCAAUGGCAAACGUAUUCGAAGUUCGCAAGGUGGAACUUAACACAACGCGUCGCUCAGUUCAGGCUGAUGAAACAGACAGUCUAUUCUCAAACUCUGGAUCCGCAUCGUACAACAAAUCAAAGAACUUCAAGAAAUUCGUUAAGAAAAACAACUACAUCCCCCGCACAGAGGUCAUCAAAACCAAUCCGGUACCAAUUAUCAUUUCAACUUAUGCUCGAAUUUAAUUUAAGUUUCCUCGUCGUUGUUCUCUUUGAUCGUUAAAAAAUGUGAACGUUUUACUAUAUAUUGCUUAACAAAACUGCGUUAAGACCAUAUAAAUGCUAUUUUCUAUAUAUUCGAUAUAUUUUUCGUUCGUUUUCCAUCAAAUUAUCCGUCAUUUUAAGGGAAAAAAAAUAUCCUGUUUAUGAAAUAUUGAAAGUACUCAAAAACCAUUAAGACAAUCUUGAAAUAAAGAACUUUGACAGAUCAAAA